AUGAGAAUCCAAGUAACUUCACCUACUGAUCAAUCUAUUGUAUAUGAAGUAGACUGCCUUUCUCAAGAACAAGUAGAUGCUGCCGUUCAACAGUCUCAAAAGGCCUUUCUUGAGUGGAAAAAGGUACCAGUUGCUAAACGAGUAGCCAUCAUGGAAAAGUUUUGUACCCUCUUUGAGCAAAAAAAGGACCUGGUGGCUUCUUCUAUCACCAAACAGAUGGGAAGACCCAUACGUUACGGACAUGGUGAGGUGAAGGGUGUUUUGGAAAGAGCCAAGUAUAUGGUAUCCGUAGCAGAAGAAAGCCUAAAGGACACCAUCAUUGAACAUGUUCCUGAUGUCGUCAAGCGCUUUCAACGUAAGGAACCUCUAGGUCCCGUUUUUAUUAUCGCUGCUUGGAACUAUCCUUACUUGACCACCGUCAAUAACGUGAUUCCGGCACUCCUGGCUGGUAAUACCGUCUUGUUGAAACAGUCUCCUCAAACACCUCAAUGUGCUGAUAUAUUUGUUGACACCUUAAGAGAAGCAGGUGUACCUCAUAAUGCCAUCCAGGCUAUUCAUGUACAGGAUAAGGAAGCCAAUUAUCUCGUACAGCAUCCUCUAGUCCAGUACGUAAACUUUACCGGAAGCGUCGCUGUAGGUAAACAGAUCAGAAGAGCCAUCGGGGACUGUGAACACUUGAUAGGCUGUGGAAUGGAGCUUGGAGGAAAAGACCCGGCCUAUGUUUUACCAGAUACAAACUUGGACUUUGCUGUCGAAAACAUUGUUGACGGUGCAUUUUUCAAUUCUGGACAGUGCUGUUGUUCUAUUGAACGUUGCUAUGUUCACGAGAGCAUCUAUGAUGCAUUUGUACAAAAGGCAGUCGCAUUAACAAAGAACUAUGUCCUUGGUGAUCCUUCCAAGCAAGAAACAACCCUGGGUCCAAUGGCUAAUCUUAGAUUUGCCAAUACUGUUCGAGAGCACAUAAAGGAUGCCAUCGAAAAGGGAGCUAAGCCUUUGAUCGAGACAUUCCCAGCAGAUAAACCUGGAACAGCUUAUGUAGGGCCACAGAUCUUGGUCAACGUGAACCAUGAUAUGUUGGUGAUGACUGAAGAAACAUUUGGCCCUGUUUUACCGAUCAUGAAAGUAUCCUCAGAUGAGGAAGCCAUUCGAUUGAUGAACGACUCCAAGUAUGGUCUGACUGCUAGUAUUUGGACAACAAAUGAAGAAAAGGCAAUAGAGAUAGGAGAUCAGAUCGAGACAGGAACAUGGUUCAUGAAUCGUUGUGACUACAUUGAUCCUGCUUUGGCUUGGGUAGGUGCAAAAGACAGUGGUUUAGGAUUCUCGAUGAGCAAACAAGGAUUUGGUCAAUUUACGAGGUAA